AGGGUGAACAAGCAGAUCCUUGAAGGUUGGAGCAACUCAGAAAGCCUCUGCCGCUCUGGAAGCUGUGGGGCUUUUUUUUGGAAGGGUCCCACCCUUAAGGUUGCCACAUUUGAACCUCCGGUCGCCUUGGCUUGGAUGCACCACGGCCUGCUAGAUCCAGGUCCUUGCCACGUCUUCUGAGAGGGAAGGGAAGAAGAUUCACAAAGGAUGAAAGAGGAAAGCAUGUGCCCAGAUUCACCAGAGGAUAGCCUGGUGACCAGCGAGGAGGAGAGUGAGAGGGUCCCCAAAAAAGGCCUGCGCAAGAGGACCCAACUGGGCAAGCCCUUGGCCUCGGCUCCCCUGCAGGAGUGCAGUGCCCCCUCGCCCCAGGGCAAGCGCAGCAAGCGCAGCCCCGUGCCACAGACCUUCGAGGACAUGCACACGCAGCGGGUGAUUGCCAAUGUGCGGGAGCGCCAGCGCACCCAGUCACUGAACGAUGCCUUCGCUGAACUGCGCAAAAUCAUCCCCACGCUGCCUUCCGACAAGCUCAGCAAGAUCCAGACACUCAAGCUGGCGGCGCGGUACAUCGACUUCCUCUACCAGGUUCUGCAGAGCGAUGAGCUCGACCACAAGAUCUCCAGCUGCAACUACCUGGCCCACGAGAGGCUCAGCUAUGCCUUCUCCGUCUGGAGGAUGGAAGGGGCCUGGUCCAUGUCAGCAUCCCACUGAGACCCACCGGAAGGUCCAUUCAGGAAGGUGGCCAGCAGGUAACAUGUUUCUGCCUCACCCAAGAGCAACAGAGGAAUUCCUCUCCAGAGAAACUCAGGGCAUAUGCUCUGUAUGAUUCUCCAUCACCAGCUCAAAAAGGAGACCAAACGUGAUCACCUUCCUCUUGGGGAGAAGAGAGCCCAGCUGAGAUCUAGGAUGGAGAAUCCAGACUUUCCACCAUUACUCUGGGGAGAACUGCAGACAUAAGUGAGGCAGCGACUCAAAGCAGACCCAGACUGCUUUUGCUUGUAACAAGCCGAUCUCAAAAUGUAUAUCUAGAACUCUUUCAAUGAGCUAAUUUAUUUUUGAAUUUGAAGGUUUUAAGAAUAAUUAUUUUAUUUUCAAUAGCUUUCUGCUUCCCAGGAGGUUUAACAGGAAUGUCUUCAAUCCUCUUGAGGUGAUCUCCUGUCACCCUCCUUCAACAAGGACUUCAGCUCUAAAAGCCUCACUCCCUCCACUCCCAAUGGGGUUAUGGUUAUAAACAUAUUCUGUACGUGCUCAGGAGCACUACACCUUUGGUGGUGCUAGUUUAUGGUUCAAGGCUAAAUCCUGCUCCUAAAAAGCAGGUUUUGCCCUGGCCUGGUGAGACCCAGCUUCCUCCAUUGAGGUCAGCUUGCCCCUUCUAAUGAUCCCACAAUGGCCCAUUCUGGCCCAAGUCUCACUGGGAUAAGCACACCUGGCUAUUGCCUAACACAGCUACUCACCACUGCUAAAUGGUCACCAUAUGGUGGUGGGAAAUGAGAGAAACCAAAUGCUUCUGGGGUGGGUGGGUAUGUAUCUAUAAGCACCACAGGCCUAGUAAGUGGUGCAAUGGUCAUUCCGUCUCCCCAGGGAACCCUGGGAACUGAGGGACUCAUAGAAUGUAGUUCUGUGAGAAUUCUGAGUAACCUCACCAAACUACAAUUCCCAGGAACCGUGGGACUGGGUGAGCCAUUAAUCUUAAAGCAGCCUAUAAAACAAACCCACAUUUAUACUUGAGACAUACUCAUUUUUUUUCUGAACGCAGUGGAUUGCAAAGGAUGCAAGGCCAUCAUUGAGAGACUGCAACUCAGUGGUGGAGCACAUGAUGUGAAUUGCCCUGACAUCUUAUGAUGAAGGGUGGUAUAUAAGUCCUGAUGAUGAUGAUGAUGAUGAUGAUGAUGAUGAUAAUGCUUUGCAGUGUCCCAGAGAGGGCUGGCCCACCUAGGAGGCAAGUUGAGGUGAUUGCCUCAGAAGGCAGGAUACACAGGGGUAGCAGAUCCGGCCUCCAAGGAAUGCCUUGCCUGCUGCCAUGUGACAGCGACAGAUGUGGCACACUCUUUCAAGGCCAGAUCUGCUGCCUCCUUGACAGUCCUCCCCAUGUUGCAUCUACAGUGGCCUCUGGGCAAAGAGGAGUUGCUGCUGGCCUCCUUGCCACCCUUGUUCCUGAUGUAGAUCUCCACUCACUCCUGACAAGGAGGUGGGCGGCAUUUUGUGGUACGCCUCAGGUGCCAAAACGUCUUAGGCCAGCUCUGGUCAAAGACUCAAUCUCUGGCAUCUCCAGGUAGAAGGAUCAGGAACCUGAUGGUGGGGGGAGGAACCCCUCUCCACCAAGAUCCUGCAGAGUUGAUAGUCCUUGUAAAAUGGCUUGACUGAUCCAAGGCAGCUUUCUGCAUUCUCUAACUUUGCCAGGUGACUGUGCUAAUAUCCCAUCAUCCCCCUUGUUGGGGGGCUUAAGGCUGGAAAAUGACAUUUCCUCACUAAAUGUAACUGACACAUUCUUUGAGUUGCUUUAUAGAGGGCGGGGACCCAGGUGGCGCUGUGGUUAAACCACUGAGCCUAGGGCUUGCUGAUCAGAAAGUCGGCGGUUCGAAUCCCUGUGACGGGGUGAGCUCCCGUUGCUUGGUCCCAGCUCCUGCCAACCUAGCAGUUCGAAAGCAUGUCAAAAUGCAAGUAGAUAAAUAGGAACCGCUACAGCGGGAAGGUAAACGGCGUUUCCAUGUGCUGCUCUUGUUUGCCAGAAGCGGCUUUGUCAUGCUGGCCACAUGACCUGGAAGCUGUACGCUGGCUCCCUCGGCCAAUAAUGCGAUAUGAGCGCGCAACCCCAGAGUCGGUCACGACUGGACCUAAUGGUCAGGGGUCCCUUUACCUUUACCUUUAUAGAGGGCAGAAUAACUGCCGAGCCCUUGCUUGUAAGCUACCUACUGAAUUAUGGUACAUAAACUGGGGGGUUGCAAAAGGCAUGAGGCCAGAGAGGUAACCACUGGAGCAUAUACCAUAGAAAGCAGGGGUGGGGAACAGCCCUGGCUACUGACCAUGCUUACUGGAGCUGGUGGGAGUUGUAGUUCAGCAACCUCUGGAGGGCCAAAGGUUCUCCACUCCUGAUUUAGAGAGGUGUGGGAAGCAGACAGACAGUUCCCAUUCCCAGAUAGGAGGAGAAGGGAAGGGGGUCACCUGCUCUGUGCCUUUAGAAGUACGUAGCUUGAUUAUCUGCAAAAACCAGAAUGGGAAGCUUUUCACUGCCAGCUGGAUCGUUCCUGGCUCAAGCCUGCAGAUCCAACUGCUAUACAGGCACCGCUGAAGAGGGUGUUAAAACAGCUGGCAACCCUAGCCUCCUGUUUCAAAGAACACAAAGCACCUGUAUCUUUGAACAGUCCCCUGAUUCUACAAGACAAAUGACUAUUGUUAUGGGCAUAAAUCCCUUUGCAAAUGGCAGGAAUGAAGUACUUUGUAAUUAUUCUGCUCUGAUAAUGCUAUAGAGGUAUAAACAUACAUAUGGAGAAACGGAGACUUUUUUUUAAAAAAAGUUGUUUUGCAAUUGUUUAAUUCCCCCCCCCCCCAAAAAAAUAAUAAUUCAGGGCUUUUGGAUCUUGCUAAAUCUCAAGCACUUCAAAACACAAUAAAAGCUAUGAUGGUGUCCUUG